GCCAGCCUUUUUUAUAUUAACAAGGAGAACGGGUGAAGGAGAGACAGAGGAGGCAAUUGUUGUGUCUCCAGAGCCCUCAUGUGCUUUAUUAGAUCAUAAGAACAACCUGCCGUAUAUUAUACUCUUUUGUGUCAGAUCUUGCAAUCUUUCUGCUACAUGCAUGGAGUACGAUCCACCUCUUUUUGAAGGCACUUCUAACCAGGAACGGCUCGUUAACAAUGCCAUUUCCGUCUUUGUGAUGAGCUUUGUGCUAUUCACUCUCGCGAGUUCCAUCGUUCAUGGCUUCGGAAAAUCUCCUGUGCAUUUACUCUUCGGAAUCAGUGUCCUGGUUUUCGCUCUAUGCUUAAGAAAACUGAUGAAAUGGUGGAGCUAUGGUGAUCUUGAUCCAAAGUUCAAGUGGGUUAUCGUUGCGCACGCUGCUUCAUUAUCUCUCCUUUGCAUAGUUGCCAAUAUUUACAUCUGGGCAUCCCCUAGCUGUUCAGUAUGCUGAUCAUGAGGGCAAGAACGACGUCCCUUACAUAUAAUAUCUUAUACAUAUAGCUUAAUACAUAAUCAACCUUAUAAUGAUAUAACUACCUAAUAAUUUAUCUGAAUUAAGUAAAUAUAUUUAA